AUGCUGCAGGUCUCUCAAGACUUUGAUGCAAAAUGCCGUUUAUUUGUUGUGCUGAGCGCGCUGUUUAAGGAGGGUUUAACCCCUGAGGGUUUGGAUCAGAAGAUGCCUUUUGUUGUAAAGUGCUGCGACUCAUCGGUUCGUUCUUCGGAUAUAAUAUACGCACUGGAGAACUUUUGUUUUGAAAGUGAAGAGACGCAAAUGACGGGCUUCCCCUAUUUGCUGCAGCGUAUGUACAACGCAGAGUUGCUAGAAGCUGAAGAUAUUCUUAACUACUACAACGCAGACACAACUGAUCCUGUUACGCUCAAAUGCAAGACCUUCGCAGAGCCCUUCCUGCAGUGGCUGGCAGAGGCAGACUCGAGCGAUGAAGAAUAA